AUGUCGGGAAAUUCUAUUAUUCAACGUCGCAAAAAACAAACCAAAAAAAAUAAUAAUGAAAAUAUUCAAAAUACCAGCAUUCUUAAUUAUCUCAAAACUCCAUUUUCAGAAAUAACGCGUCAAACAACAAAUACUACAAAUGUAUUAUUAUGUAGAGAGAACUCUGAACCGCCAACAGAACUAUGGGGUAAUCCAGUUGGUGGGUCAGUAUUAGGGUCAAGAGAAUGGAACGCUUCGACGCGUUUUUUUAUUAAACAUUUCACGAGUUCUAAGAAAGAUGAAUUCAAAUUUCUGGGUGAUCGAGGUUUGAUCACUCCAUUUGUUUGUUCAUUUAGUCAUUUUGUAAGAGAUGGAAAAUAUUUAGCAGUAGCAGAUGAAGAAGGUGUAGUGGGAUUUAUUGAUGCUAGACAUGAUAAUACCAUCGAGAUGGAACGAUAUCGUCCUCAAUUUCGUACUCAUGAUAAUGCAGUAUUUGAUAUUAUGUGGAGUGAAAAUGAUAAAUCAAUUAUAACGGCUUCGGGAGAUCAAACAGCAAGAUUAUGGGAUAUAGAAUCACAUAAAUGCAAGGCAGUCUUCUUUGGUCAUACUUGCAGUAUUAAAACUGUAAGUUACAAUUCGUGCAAUCCAAAUAUGUUGGUUACAGCAUCUAGAGACGGUAAUAUUUUUAUUUGGGAUGUUCGUACAACUGGCUUGCGUAUGCCGGAAGGAGGUAGUGUGACUGGUGCACAAUUUUUAAAACAUCAAGAUAAUUUAAUUUCUUCAACGGGAGCAAUUGAUGGUAUUAUCAAAUAUUGGGAUUUAAGGAAUCACGGUACAAUUAAGUCAUCAACACCAGUUCAAACUUCUAUUAAUGGUUCAAAUGCUAAACGUCCACAUGGUAUAUCAAAUUUGUUAUUAAAUAAUAAAGGUAAUCGAUUAUUUACAAGUAGCACUGAUAACGUCGUCUACAUGUAUGAUCCUAUAAAUUUAGGAGCUCCGUUAGCUCGAUUUACCAGUCCAACAUUUUUAUGUUGUUCAUUUUAUAUUCGUAUGGCGAUUUCUCCUGAUGAUAAAUAUAUCAUGUGUGGUUCAGGUGAUAAUAACAUUUAUAUAUGGGAAAUCGAUUUCCCCGAUGAAAGUCCUGUUAUUUUAAAAGCACACGAAGAUGAAGUUACAAGUUUAAGUUGGUCAAGAAAUCUUGAAACG